AUGUCUCAGGGUACUUUGUACGUUAAGAAGACCUGCCGCUCGAUGCUGCCUCAGAGCAUCGUCGAGCACUACAACUUGGACGUCUCUAUUGUCGAUGCCGACAAGAACGAGGAGUUCGAGAAGAAGUUCCCAUUGAAGCGCGCUCCAGCGUUUUCCUGUGCGGCUGGAAAUCUAACUGAGACCAUGGCCAUCACCUAUUACUUGGUCAACCUAAUCCAGGACGAGAAGGCCAAGGCUGCUCUGCUUGGCUCCACGCUAGAGGAGCAGGCACAGGUGUUGCGCUGGGAGUCUUUGACCAACACCAACUUCAUUGACGACGUUGCCUCUGCCUUCCUAUACCUAGAGGGUAUUGUCCCAUUCAACAAGCGCGACAUGGAGAACCGCAUCGCCAGCGCCGAACGCAUCGCCGAGGUCUACGAACAGAGACUACGCAACUACACCUACCUAGCCACGGAGAACGUGUCUGUCGCGGACAUCCUGGCUGUCGGCGGCUUCGAGCUAGCGUUCACCAACAUCUGGGGCGCGCAGUGGCGCGCGGCCCACCCAGCCAUCUGCAGAUGGUUCAACACCUUGGCUAACAGCCCGCUGUUGAAGAAGCACAUCGACCUCUCCAAGUUGGUGCAGGAGCCUAAGAAGGUGGCUGCGCCAAAGAAGGAGAAGAAGGAGAAGAAGGAGCAGCCAAAGAAGAAGGAGCAGCCAAAGAAGGAGAAGGAGGCCGCCCCAGCCGCCGAGGAGCCUGCCGAGCCAAAGAAGCCUAAGCACCCUCUAUCUCUACUUCCUCCAGCCACCCUCAACCUCGAGGACUGGAAGAGAAAGUACUCCAACGAGGACACCCGUCCCGUCGCCCUCCCAUGGUUCUGGGAGCGCUACAACCCAGAGGAGUACUCCAUCUGGAAGGUGGGCUACAAGUACAACGACGAGUUGACCUUGACGUUCAUGUCCAACAACUUGAUCGGCGGUUUCUUCAACCGUCUGUCUGCCUCCACCAAGUACAUGUUCGGCUGCCUAGUCGUCUACGGGGAGAACAACAACAACGGUAUCGUCGGUGCCAUCAUGGUGCGCGGCCAGGACGCCAUCCCAGCCUUCGACGUGGCCCCAGACUGGGAGUCCUACGACUACGUCAAGUUGGACACCUCCAAGGAGGAGGACCGUGAGUUCAUCAACGACAUGUGGGCCUGGGACAAGCCGGUCAUGGUCGAUGGUGUCGCCCGUGAGAUCGCAGACGGCAAGGUGCUCAAAUAA